CUAUCAUCUAAGGAGCUGAAACAAAGGUUCACAACUUAUAAAGCAAGUUAAGAAAAAAAAGGUUCACAACUUAUAGGUUGUUAGAAAAAGAAAGAAAGAAAAUCGAAAACUAAUCUUAUGGAGGGACAUUUUUAUAUUGAUAUCAAGUGGUAAUGACUUUGCAUGGUCAAUAGUUUCACAGUUGUAGCACGAAUCUUUGGUAGAUAAGAUUCGUUGAUCAUUAGCUACACAGAUGUUUUUCUCUGUAAAUGUGAAGUUUAUUUUACAGGUUGAUUAGUACAUGAAACUCACAGUUCACUAUUCGAUUCUAUACUGGAGACCGCUUUCUGAGCUUCUUGGCUAUAGCUGCGAAGUACUUGCCAUUGAAAUUUGCCUGCUGAAUCUCCAUCUCAGUUGAUUCUCAUGACCCAUCAGCACCAUAGCUAUACUGCUAUACAGUUUUUUUUCUGACAUCCCUAUACUGCUAACAGUUAGAGCCAAACGUUAUACAUAGACAAAUAUGUAUAUGUAUAUCCUCAAAAACCGAUAUGUCGGACCAUAUUAGUUUUUUUGGUUUUUUGGUUUUAUGGUUUAUCUCUCUUUAAUGGUUUAGUAAUGUAUAAUAAACAAAAUGUUGCCGUAAAUUAUAAAUAAUUUAUGGAUAUAUAUAUAUAUAUAUUAUUUGUUGCUGUUCUCUUUCAUUAAGCUCGUCUAAUUAGAAGAAACAUCUAGUAAUAAGAAAGGACAACAAUCACAGCUUUAUUGAAAAAACAUUCGUUAGCAGGUAUUUCUCUUUUCUUUAUCAGAAAAAAACAUAUCUUAAUUUAGAAGGUAUUUCUUUUUCGGAUUAUAAGGUAUAGUUAUAAGCAAGGCAUUAUUGAAAAUUUAUGUUUAAGAGUACGUUACUCAAAAGCAUUUAGUAUAAACAAUUGUAGUCAACUAAUAAUUAAUUCCUUGCAUAACUAUAUUCCAUGUUUUCAUUUGGCGGCAUUUAGAUUACCAUUAAUGGGUCUCUCCAUCUACUACUUCGCCAGUUACACAUUUACAAAAUAAUUUAGACUACCACUGAUGGUCUUUCGGGAUAUAAAUAUUUGUUAGAUAAUUACUACUUAGCUAUAGAUUAACCCACUAAUCCUUCCCGCCUUUUCAUCCCUCCUCUUAACUUCCAUUUGACACAUAUUACACGUUGUUGACUAGCUAAUUAUAUUAUUAUCAGUAUUUGAUAUUUAGAUAUUAUCAUUUAGUGGAAAUGUGUUGCUUAUAUUGAAAAAUGAAAUUAAAGACUAACAAAAAUUAAUGAGUUUGAUACCCAAAAAAAUAAAAUGAUGAAUUUGAUGCCAAACAAGUAAUCUUUAGAAAAGUGUUGGAUAUUAUUAUAUAAUCAACUUAUAUUCUUCAAAAAAAAUAAUGGCGUCAUAUAGAGUAUAUAUAUAAUUGGAAGGAUUUUGGAGAAAUAUUGAUAUGAAAUUUAGUGACUAAUAGGGAUGGAUACAUAUAGUAAUCAAUUAAAUAUCAAUAUUUUGUAUUUAUCAUAUUUUGUAGUUUUUCUUAUAUAGCUUUUUUAUUUUUGACUUCAAAGACAUAAAUUUUUAUUUUGUAUAAACUAAAAAAAAUUGAGACCUAUAACGUCAAUUUAUAAACAAAAUAUCAGAAUUAAUGGAAUUUAAUGGCUCAUUGAGUUUAUAUUCCUUAGUUUACUAGCUAAACUUCUCUCAUAUUCCUUGUUACUAGCUAAACUCACUCCUUUGUGUUCUCCUCUCCAUUCUAUUAAUCUUCUCUUUUUUUUUCCAUGGAGCACCGGCGCAUUGCCCACGGAGCAGCGCCUCCGUUGACCGCCGUAGAGAGGUUUUUAUACGGCCAAAACAAUGAUGCCUUGAGUACCAAUAAACAAAAGGGUCCAAAAGAACGACACCCACCGAUCGUGAGAAGGACAGCGGUGACUGAGAUUGUAAACGAUAACAAAGAGAACACGACGUUUGGUCCAAAGAAGGAGAAACACUUGGUCGUUCAUGGCCGAAGCCCUAAUGGGGGCAUGGUCGUUAAAGAUGCAACCACGAAGAAGCGACCAUACAAGAAUCUUAUCAAAGGGCAAUGGACAACGGAAGAAGACAGAAAGUUGAUCAGGUUGGUAAGGCAACAUGGGGAGAGGAAAUGGGCAAUAGUCUCGGAAAAACUUGAAGGAAGAGCAGGCAAACAAUGUCGUGAGAGAUGGCAUAAUCAUCUCCGUCCUGAUAUCAAGAAAGAUGGAUGGAGUGAAGAAGAAGAGAGGGUUCUUGUCGAAGCACACACAAGAAUCGGGAACAAGUGGGCAGAGAUCGCCAAGCUCAUACCUGGACGCACCGAGAACUCUAUCAAGAAUCAUUGGAACGCGACUAAACGACGCCAAAACUCAAAACGCGAAAAGAAACGCCAAGCAAACGCUGAUAACAAUGAUAGCGAUCUCUCUCCACCAGCUAAAAGGCCUUGCAUUCUCCAAGACUACAUCAAAAGCAUCGACAACAAUAACAAGGACAAUGACGAUAACAAGAAUGAGAACUCCAUCAGUGUUUUUUCUACACCGAAUCUUGAUCAGAUCUAUUCUGAUGGAGAUUCUGCAUCAUCGGUCCUUGGCGAUCCGUAUGAUGAAGAGCUGGUUUACCUACAAAACAUCUUUGAAAACCACCCGGCUUCUCUUGACAACAUUGGUUUGAGCCAAACAUCUGGUGAAGUGAACCAGUCUUCAUCAUCUGAGUUCAUGAUCAAGAACCCUAACCCUAACUCCCACAACGUUGUUCAGACUCAUCAUCAUGAUCAGGCACCGGUUGCGGUUCCUCCGAAUACUUCGCACCUUGCGUCUGAUAUCUACUUGUCUUACUUGUUGAAUGGUACGACGCCGUCCUACGCCGACCCUUAUUUUCCGUCUUACUCAUCUUCCACGUCAUCCACCACUGUAGAGCAGGGAGUCCAUAACGAGUUGCUUGUGCCUCAAGCUAACUCCACCAGCGAAAGGAGAGAUAUGGAUCUGAUAGAGAUGAUCUCUGCUUCUACUCAAGGGAGCAACAACUCCUUCCCAUUGUUCUAGCUGCCAACAUGAUCAUGUGAUACUAUGCGAUCAUCAUUAUGAUACUAUGCGAUCAUCAUU